GAGAUUAUGUAUACUGUCUUAUUGAUGUGCUACUGUUUUUUUUUCAUGAAAAUGCCUUAUUAAACAAAAGGACAGUAAUUCUUGCUCUUCUUCUUCUUCUCCAUCCAAUAUACAUCACGCAGCAUUUUACCAACCAACCAACCAACCAACAGCGUCGACGUUCAUAGAAACCCCACCCACUCUCAUUAUAUAUAUAUAUAUAUGUAUAUGCCCGAUCUAUUCAAUGUUACCAUCUUUUUCAUCGUUUUCCGCGAAACACUCGAAGUAGCGCUCGUCCUGUCCAUCAUCUUUUCCUUUUUGCGGCGCAUCUUUGACCGAGAAUCACUCAUCUACAAGCACUUGCGGCGACAAAUCUGGCUCGGCGUGCUCGUGAGCACCAUCCUCUGCAUCGUGGUCGGCACUGGCUUUAUCGUCACUUGGUACACGGCUGUGAAGGAUUUGUGGGAGACGACCGAAGAUAUCUGGGAAGCCGUCUUUUGCAUGGUCGGCGCACUCUUGACGACCAUCGCCAGCAUUGCCAUGCUCAAGACUGAAAGGCUGGAGGAGAGAUGGAAAAUCAGGUUGGCUGAAACGUUGGAGAACAAUCCUGGUCCCCACAGCGGUGUUGGUGGUAGGAGUAGGAGUAGUAGGAAAGGCAAGUUGGAUAAGAGUCGAUUUUGUGGCAAUUUGCAACGGAAAUCGUUCUUUUUGUUGCCGUUCGCUACUGUGUUGCGUGAAGGAAUCGAGAUUAUCAUGUACACCGGUGGGGUCUCGUUAAACGUACCAGGACAAUCGAUCCCCCUACCAGCUGUUACUGGAUUUCUAUGUGGUUCCUUAUUUGGCUAUGUACUGUACCGAGCAGGCGCUGGCGUCAGGAACGUCCGAUGGCUCUUUAUCGUAUCAUCGGUGAUCCUCUGUCUAAUGGCAGCCGGACUCAUGGGCCGUUCGAUUGGAUACAUUGAAGCAUACGCCUGGGAACAAGUGACCGACCACUUGAACGACCAUCACGGCAAUGGUAUCAUCCAAUACAGAGUAACCACUGCCGUUUGGUAUGUCACUGCAGGCAACACAAGCUCACCCAAUGUAAACGGCGGAUGGCAACUUUUCCGCGCAGUCUUGGGUUGGAGCAACUUGGCGACCAUCCACACCAUUGCAGUUUAUAUUGCUUUUUGGGCCGUUUACGUGAUGGUGCUGGUGUACCUGUACUGGAGUGAGAAACGAACAGCGAUACGGAAAGCCAAACUGGGGGCUUGGCAAGAAGGGGAUAUUGCAUUGGAGCAUGCGGAGGGCUAUGUGGAUCCAAAUGGCGAUAUUAUGCACAAUCAUGCAGCAGCAGCAGAAGCCGCACCAACCAUCAGUGAUGGUUCCGGAAUCAAUGCAAGCGUAAUAAAUCAGCAGGAUAAACAUCAUUCGUUGGAUUAUUUGGAUAAUGUCAUGACGAUGAGUCUCAAGGACUAUGUAGCGUCAAGGCAAUUGUGAAAGAAACUCUCUCUCUCUCUCUCUCU